AUGUCAGGAAAACUCCCCCUCGUCUUCCCUGCGGCAUCCCGCCACACGGCUACCGUCAUCUUCGUGCAUGGCCUGGGUGACACUGGCCAUGGCUGGGCAAGUGCUGUUGAGAAUUGGCGCCGACGAGAGAAGCUCAAUGAAGUCAAGUUCAUUCUGCCUCAUGCUCCAGAAAUCCCCAUCACUGUGAACAUGGGAAUGAGAAUGCCUGGGUGGUUUGACGUUAAACAACUCGGCGGAGAUGUUGAUAGCCUGGUCCGCAAUGAGGAUACAGAGGGCAUUAAGCGAAGUCAAAAGUACUUCCAUGAUCUCAUCCAAGAGGAGGUUAACUCUGGCAUCCCCCCUGAGCGUAUUGUUCUUGGAGGUUUCUCCCAGGGAGGCGCCAUGUCACUCCUUGCUGGUCUCACCUGCACAAGCAAGCUGGGCGGUAUCGUCGGCCUUUCAUCAUGGCUUCUCCUGUCCAAAACCUUUGCCGACCUUGUCAAGCCCACGGAUGCCAACCGCCAGACCCCUGUGAUGAUGUUCCAUGGAGAUGCGGACCCUAUUGUUCCUUUCCAGCGUGGAAAGCUGAGUGCCGAUCUGCUCAAGGAGCUUGGCUACGAUGUGUCAUUUAAGACUUACCCUGGUAUGGGCCACUCUGCUUGCCUGGAGGAGCUUGAUGAGGUUGAGGCGUUCCUGAGAAAGCAAUUGCCUCCCAAGAACUAA